CAAUCACUUUAUAAGAAAUAUGCGGGACUCCAUAUCCUCCUCCCCUUUUUAAGCACUACACCCUUCUCUUGUCUUCUCUCUAGCUCAUUGUUCACCCAUAUUCCUUUCUGUUUAGCUUGGCCCCCAAUUCAGUUUUUAGACGGAAAACAUGCAUGCAACUGCCCUUCUGAUCCCUGCAGCUCAGGCAAUCCUGAAUGGCUUGAUGCCACUUUUAACUGAACAGAUUAAGCUGGCGUGGGGUUUCAAAGGAGACCUCCAAAAGCUCCAAAGAAGGUUAAGGAACAUCCAAGCUUUGCUACGUGAUGCUGACAAAGUGCAAAUAGAAUCAGAAGUCCUGAAAGAGUGGCUAAAGUGUCUCAAGUCGGUAACCUGCGAUGUGGAGAAUGUGCUGGGUGAGCUUGCAUAUGAAGCUCUUCGAAAGAAGUUGGAGGUAGGAAACCGAAAGAGGAACAAGGUACGCAACUUCUUCUCGCUCUCUAAUCCACCGAUAUUUCGUCUCAAGAUGGUUAAUAGGGUGAACAAUAUCAAUUUGUUGUUGGACAACAUAUGUAAAGAAGCACAUGAUAUGGGUCUUAGACCAGCAGAACAACUCAUCAGUGUUUUAGUUUCGCCUAGUGAGCAUAGGCAAACUACACCUUUCAUAGACAAAUCACGUUGUGUGGGGAGGGAUGGUGAUGUCGUAGUAGUAAGAGAAAUGUUACUUCUCUCUAAAGAUGAUUUAUCUGUCAUUGCUAUUGUAGGAAUGGCUGGGCUUGGGAAAACAACACUAGCGCAGUUAGUUUACCAAGAUAAGAAGGUUGGGGAGUAUUUUGGUGGUAACAAAAUGUGGAUUUGUGUCUCUGAUGAUUUCAGGGUUGAAAGUUUAUUGAAUGAGAUGGCGGAAUAUCUUUUUGGGGGGGAAUCCAAGAUGUCAAAUAUUGGAGCAAUAGUUGAAAAGCUUGGAGAAAAACUGAAGGGAAAGAAAUACUUACUCGUGUUAGACGAUGUUUGGAAUAGGAUUCCAAAAAUAUGGGAAGACAUGAGAAGUGCUUUGAUAGGUAUAGGUGGCUCCAAGGAAAGCAAAAUUGUAGUUACCACCCGUAGUAUGGAUGUGGUAUCAGCAAUGCGGGUGCCCAAAUCUCUUACCCAUCCUUUGCAUAAACUGUCAGAUAAAGAUAGUUGGACCAUGUUUAGUGAAAGAGCAUUUGAAAAUAGAGAACCAAGAGAAAUUCAAACUCUAGAAGAAAUUGGUAGAAGAAUGGUAGAAAAGUGUAAGGGUGUGCCAUUGGCGAUAAAGUCAUUAGGAGGCUUAUUGUACGACAAGAAAUUUCUAUCCGAAUGGGAGUCCAUUGAGGAGAGUGAAUUAUGGAGAGUUGAGGGUGAAAUUCUUCCAGCAUUAAGGCUUAGUUUCCAUCACCUAUCCUCCCCAAGUUUGAAACAAUGUUUUGCCUUUUGUUCUAUUUUUCCAAAGGACAAAUUAAUAUUUAAGGAUAACUUGAUUCAGCUUUGGGCUGGUCUAGGUUAUCUUCGGUCUCUUUCAGAAGGGAAUUGGGAGAUGGAAGACGUAGGCAAUGAAUAUUUUAAUAUCUUGUUGCACAAUUCACUAUUUCAAGAUGUUGUCUUGGAUGAGUAUAAUGAUGUUAGUGCUUGCAAGAUGCAUGAUCUUGUACAUGAUCUUGCUCUAGAUGUCUCAAAAGGUAGUUGUUUGACUUUGGAAGCUAGUGGGGUUAUGGACCAUCCCAAGGUUCAACAUCUAUCAUUGUGUCUCGAGGAAGAAAUGAGGUUAGAACUGUCAAAAGACACUAUUGGGAAACUGAGAACACUAUUUUUAAUUGGAAAUCUCCCCCAAAGUAUUGAAGAUGUCAAAUCCAUUCGUGCCCUGAAUAUAGUAAAUGCUGGUGUGAAAGAGUUGUCAAGUUCUAUAUCCAAGUUCAUAAAUCUAAAAUAUCUUGACCUAUCAAAGUCUUCUUUCGAAAAAGUGCCAAAUUCUAUCACCAAGCUCUACAAUUUGGAAACAUUGAGGUUGCCACUAUCUUCAAAUAUUUUAGAAGAGAUUGAAACAAAAUUCCAUAAGCUGGUUAGCUUGAGACAUCUUUGCGUGAAAGAUGUAGAAGCUAGUAGGAAAAUGAUUCCACCCAUGAUAGGCCGUUUGACUUCUUUGCGGACGUUACCAUUCUUUUCUGUGGGUGAGGACAAGGGCCUUAAAAUUGAAGAGCUGGGAAGCUUAAGCAAGCUGAGAGGUAGAUUACGCAUUUAUGAUCUCCAACACGUGAAAGGCAUUGAAGAAGCAGAAAGAGCUAAAAUGUCUGAAAAAUCAAAAGUUACAGAGUUGAAAUUUCAUUGGGAUGAGAACCCUGGAGUGCCGAACGUUAACUAUGGGGAUGUGUUGGAAGGACUUAAACCUCACAAGAAUCUUAGGGGUUUAAUUCUCGAAAAUUUCGGAGGACAAAGAUUGGCAUCAUGGAUGAGGAGUAGAGAUGAUCAAUCGCUUCAUAAUUUAGCGAAGAUCGAAUUAAUCAACUGUGAAUCAUGUGAAAAUAUCCCAAUACUUGGACACCUUCCGAACCUUGAAGUCGUUGUCAUGAAAAAAUUGGAUAACGUGGAGAGCAUUGGUCCUGAAUUUUAUGGAUUGGAUGAACGAAUUGUUGGUGGUAGUAGUAGUACUAUGGCUGCACCAACACCAACAGUAUUUCCGGCAUUGAAAAAACUCACUAUUCGUGGUAUGCGGAAGCUAAAAGAGUGGUCAGAUGUAUCGUCAUUGCCUACUACAAUCACGAGUACAAUGGAGUUCUUUCCUCGUCUCGAGGAGUUGCAUAUCAAGGGAUGUCCUAACUUAAUCACCAUUCCAGGCCAUUUGUUAUGCAUUCAAAAUUUAGCUAUUCGUAUGGACUGGUUCUCCUUUGGUUUUGAGAACAUUGCGAAUGGACUCACUUCGACCAUAGUGGUAGAUGGGGAUUCGACAAAUGUCAGUACUAUGAUUGAACAUUUGCUAGAAACAAGUAGAAAGUCCCUAAAGCGUCUGGGAAUACAGGGUUUACAUAAGUUGUGUUAUUUACCGAAGCAACUACUAAACCUAGCUUCCCUUGAGUAUUUAGGAAUAAUUGGGUGCCCUAAACUGAUGUACAUAGGAGAAGAAACUGGAGGGGAAUUCAACAGCUGCCUAACGUCCCUUCAAGUGCUUCAAAUUCGAUCGUGCAAUGAGUUGAGAUGCUUGCCAAAGGGGUUGCUACAACCAACCCUUGAAAGAUUGAAUAUGUAUCAAUGUUAUAAUUUAAGGGAGGCCAGCCCCGAUGAACUGCGCAACCUCACGUCCCUUCAGCAUAUGGAAUUGGACAGCUCACAAUGGGCGAGGCCUUGGGAGGAGGGGCAAUUCUGUUUGACCAGUCUUCGAAAGUUUUAUAUCGGUCCCUUCUCAGAGGAGCUGGAUUAUUACCCCUGGCCAGAGGUUGAGAUGGCCAAAGCUCAAUACCCGCAAUUGCUAGAAUCUCUGAAGUUAAGGGGAUGGCCAAAGCUCAAGUGCCUUCCCGAUCAAAUUCGGCACCUCACUUCCUUAAGAGAGCUGGUAAUUUAUAGAUUCGGUGGGUUGGAAGCUCUACCGGAGUGGUUGGGUAACUUUUCAUCUCUUGAAUCAUUGAGGCUCUAUGAGUGCCCUAAUCUGAGGAGUUUGCCCUCACUGAAAAUUUUUCAACGUCUCAAGAAUUUACAAUCGCUAGAGAUAAACUGGUGUCCCCUUCUACAGGAAAGGUGCAAAGAAGGGGGAGAAGAGUGGCACAAGAUUGCUCAUAUUCCGAAGCUCGUGACACGGGCCCCAGGAUAUUCCACCACAUAAUUCUGAUGCUUUGGGUGAUGCAUCAUUUUUCCACAGUCUAAUGGUGCAGAGACCAGCCCUGAUGAAUUGCGCAACCUCACGUCCCUUCAGUGACGUAUUUGCCCUCACUGGAAAAUUUUCAACUUCUCAAGAAAUUACAAUCUCUGGUUAUAGCCCGGAGUCCCCUUCUAACGAGAAGAUACGAGGAAGGGGGAGAAGAGUGGCACAAGAUUGAUCAUAUCCACCAUCGGAGGCUAGAUUAACGUUCCCUCUGCAAUUCUAUUCCAUCGAGAUAAACCAUUGAAAGUCCCCUGCCAACCAUUUCAAAUCCAGCUGUUUGGUUUAUGGGAUGUCCGGUGACAAUGGAAGAACAGUGGUGAUGACACCACGUGAAAUAAUGCCAUUGAAGAAAAAGAAUGCUUGGAAGUUGGAAUGCCAUAUGCUAGAUAUGUGGAAAUUCAAGGCAUCAUUUAGGUUCUGUUCUCAAAAGUCUCAUUCAAAAACUUUUCUACACAAAGUUUUUCUUUAGCCCUGAAAUUUGUCCUGGAUUGGUUCAAAUUGUUUAGUAGUUUUUCCUUGCUGCUUAACUGUUUGUCCAGAGAUAAUAAUCUUGCGUCAGCAGUUGUUUUCUCUGCUGGAAGAUUUUCGGAAAUGAAUUUUGAAAAGGUAGUUUAAAGUGAAGAUUUCGGUCCAGGACUUCAAUGUCUGACCUCCCACUAGAGAAGCAAGCAAAUAUUGCGUUAAAAACUAUCUGGACAAUCAAAGUUGGAUCUGAUUAAGAAAGGGGAAAAUGUCCUCAUUGAGCUUCCUAGCAUUAAUAUUUGAUUACUCACACAUUUGCUCGGAAACUGCCUCUUCGCGUGAAGGGAUUUAGGCUAGCUCAUACAUCAGAAGUUGACAUUGCAUAUGAGCCUAUGGACUCACAUCCAUCAAAUUAUAUGUUCCAGUUCGAAAUUGUCAGAGGAGCAUUUAUUUCUUGUAUCAGAUCUUGCAAGGGUUGACGUACAUGCGGUGAUGUCAACAAAUUAAUGUAUUGAACAUUGAGUUAAAGCCUACAAAUCUUCUCUCGAAUGCUGGGUUGUGAUUAAUUUCCAGUACAUGAGUUUUUACUAGCUAAAGUUACAUCUGAAUCAGAUUUCAUGACAGAAUAUGUUGUUAUACGAAGAAUUGAUCAAGAGUCUCUGAUGGGAUAAAAUUUGGCAAUGCUACUGAUGUGGAGACUGAAUGACUCCCAUGAUUGUUCAGUGUGGGACAUGUUCAGCAGGUCCUUGGCAUCACACAAUAGGCUUUCAAGGAUUUCAAAGACAUUAUGAAGCAAAACCUGGCCAUUGAAGAGAGUUCACAAGAUAUUUCCGAUUGCCUAAGGAAACUUGAUCGGUUGAUAGAGAAAGGCGGUGGGCCACAGAGUUCCCAUCUUGCUCGCAGACUGUGCUUUGAACCUUUUCUCUGAAUCAAACAGGAGCAAUAUACACCAAUCGCGUUCUCUUGCUUCAAUCUUAUAGCAUGGAUCAGGCUCAAUAACUUCGUGCUGUGAGACAUGUUUCCUGAUAACAUGAUAUUCCGGUACGAAGCAGCAUUGCAGAUUGUAGUAGCAGAGCAAUCAAAGGCAUCUUCCAAGUUGGAAAAGGAAGAAAUUCACGAACUUGUAGCAGGGGAACAAAAUCGUAAUUCUUCAGUAAUAAAGUUGAGUCAUUUGUACUUUUCAAGUUUUGUUUUAGCUGAAACCAUUAAUGUGGUAGAGAUAUUGUGCACCAGUUACGUUGGCUUGCUGGGAAAUUUCUCUCAGUUUUGCAUUCUCAAAUUUUAGAAUUGAUUUGCUUUUCCUUUCUCGGCA